AUGCAAGAUAGCUUGCGUUGCAAGAUCAAAGAAACUUCUGUAUAUGAAGAUGGGAAGGCUAGAAAAUUCUUAAGAAUGUCCGAUACUCCUUUGGACAAGCAAACAUCAGCAAACUCGUCUUCCCCAUCCACACCAUCUGAAUCUUCACCACGUGAUCCAGGAUCCGCCAACCUUUCUUCCUUCUGUGCGUUUUUGGACCAGCAAACCACCCCUCAGUCUCCAUCCAAGUCGAGACGUGUAUCCAGACCUUCCCCUCCUCGAACCAGAUCCCAGUCCGUUCCCAAUGCUACAAUUCUAACAACUACCAAACCAGUACCAAUCACACCGUCGACGACCAUUAUAUCCGCUACCAAACCGUAUCACCAAAUCAAGGACAAAUCAUAA